UGAAGUUACGCUAAACCGUUAAAUCAGUUUCUCGCAACGUCAAUUCAUGGCAGCAAAACAAGAUCCUCUCUGUACUGUAAAUCAAUGGAGGAAUUCUGAGAAAGCGAGAAACCUUUCAAAUGCCGGCGAAUUAUCCUUAUAUAUGUCGGACGAGAUACAACGAAAAUCUACUCGGCGUUUUCUAUGGCCAAAAUCCGUUAAAAGCCUCUUUUCCCCUAAUUAUGGUGGAGCUAACAUUUCUCAUCAUUGUCUCUCGCGUCGUGCGCCUCCUCCUGAAGCCAUUCGGGCAGCCAAAGAUCAUCUCGGAGAUAAUUGGCGGAAUUAUACUUGGUCCAUCUGUGUUAUGCCGUAAUGAAAAGUUUCGAAUGUAUAUGUUCCCUGAUAAUGGGUAUUAUGUGAUUAAGAAUAUGGGAGUAGUAGGAUUCAUGUUUUAUCUUUUUAUAUCUGGUGUGAAAAUGGACAUAUUUGCAGUACGGAAAGCGGAUAAAAAGCAUUGGUACAUUGCCCUAUUUGGGGUGAUGGUGCCACUUUGUUGUGGCAUAGCUGUUGCAUUUUAUUGGAGGAAGUCUAUGGCUCCUGAGCUGGUGAAAGCUUCUGCGGUUAUGGGGAUAACCUCAUCUUUGGCUAUGACAGCCUUUCCCGUUCUUUAUCCGAUCAUGAAGGAGCUCAACUUACUCAGCUCUGAAAUUGGGAGGGUGGCGCUAUCCAUUGCAGUGAUUGGUGAUGUGAUAGGAAUGAAUGGUGUAGUUAUAUUCGAGGCCUCCAAGCAAGGUGAAAACCGGCCUAUAGCUGCUUUAUGGUACAUCAUCUCGUUGGCUGUGGUUCAGGCGUCUAUAUUUGGCGGUGUGAGACAGUUCAUGAUAUGGAUUAUCAGGACAACCCCUGUAGGGAAGCCGGUGGAUCAGGUUUAUGUGAUUGGCAUAUUGUUGGGUGUUUUUGUUAUUGCUUUUGUUGCUGACGCGCUGGGGCUUGCUAUUGCCAAUGGGCCGUUGUGGCUUGGCUUGGCCGUGCCUGAUGGUCCUCCGUUAGGAGCCAUUCUAGUGGAGAAAAGCGAGACCAUAUUGACCAACAUUUUCAUGCCAUUUUCUUACAUGUAUGUAGGCAUGGUAACAGAUCUUUCGUCCAUGAGCGGCCAUUGGGAAUAUCUGCGGCCGCUGCUUUAUGUGGUCUUGACUGGAUACAUCAUGAAAAUGGUGUCCACUCUUGCCAUUGCCCGUUUCUUGGACUUGACCAUUAGAGAUAGCCUCACUCUGAGCCUGAUAAUGAGUUUGAGGGGUGAAGUCGAGUUUUUGUUGUUUAUCCAUUGGAUGGAUUUCAAGAUUCUGAAAGUCCCAGAAUUCACAAUGCUGGUCCUGUUGACAAUAGCUGUGACUGUUAUAACUGCGCCCUUGAUCAGGAUACUCCAUGAUCCCGCAAGGCCAUAUAUGCUGAACACGAGGCGCACAAUACAACACACUUUGCCGAACAGUGAACUCCAUCUUGUAACGUGUAUCAAUGAGGAAGAGAAUCUGUAUGGAGUGAUGAAUUUACUAGAGCUUCUUAAUCCAACUGCUAGCACUCCUAUUGCUGUCCAUACUUUACGCCUAAUUGAGCUCGUUGGUCGUGCCAACCCAGUGUUCAUCGACCACGAAAGUGAAGAGGAAAAUGGAGCAGAAGGAUGCAGAUUCAGUUCAAUACAUAAUGCUGUAAAGAUUUUUGGUGAAGCUAGAGGUGAGUACAUAACAAUGCAUUCUUAUACAGCAAUCAGUCCUAAGAGAAGCAUGCAUCAAGACGUCUGUGAGCUAGCUCUUACUAAGCAAGCGUGUUUGAUCAUUGUACCGGUUCCCCGUGUAAUAAUUGAUCACACGAUAGGAACGCCGGCUAGGAAGUCAACCUCUCAAUCACUGAGUUUUAACGUGUUGAAACACGCGCCUUGCUCGGUAGGAGUUCUAGUGAGCAAGAAGGAGUACCCAAGUCGUGUUUAUGGUGUUUUGAGAAGUUCAAUGCAUCACUUUAUCCUUCUAUUCUUGGGCGGAGCAGAUUGUAGAGAGGCGCUUUCUUAUGCAGACCGUGCUGCUGCUAGAUGUCCGGAUAUAUCACUCACUGUCGUCAGGUUUCUCUCGCACGAAAAUGAGGGAGACAUUGAAGUGGAGAAGAAGCUUGAUGAUCAAUUGGUGACAUCGUUUUGGGUUAAAUACGAAGCAAAUGAGCAUGUCGUCUAUCGAGAGGCAGUGGUGAAGAACGGGGAGGAAACUAUGGCUGUUAUUCAUGCAAUGAAUAACGUGUGCUAUGAUCUUUGGAUCGUGGGGAGAAACCAUGUAAAUCCUGUUCUCAUUCAAGGACUAUCGAAUUGGACUGAAAUCGGUGAGUUGGGAGUUAUUGGAGAGUACAUCGCCUCCUCGGAUUUUAGCAGUAACGCUUCAGUUUUGGUGGUGCAACAGCAAAUAUUAAGAGGCCAGAGAAAAGAAUUCAGUGACUCGACGCAGUAGAAACCUCGAGAUGAUUUGUAAAUGAAACAACGAAGGUAAGCAUGUCAAGUUCUCCCUGUCUUCACACACUAACUUGGCAAUUUCUUGAGUUGGUUCUGUCAACAGAGUAGAUGUAGCAGAAUGGAUGUGAGUACAAGAAACUCGAAGAUUCAGGUGGAGGAGCAUCGACAAACUGCUUCUACCCCGCCCCAUUUUCGACCAAGAAUAACGCCUUGGCCAAAUCCCAUCUGAGAUGGCUAUGGAGUCGACAAAAACUACAUAGAUGUGUGUUGCAGAGAGGUGGGUCGACAAGGUUAUAUCAUGAGUAUCCCUGCCGGGGUUGAAAUGUAGGGGAUGGUCCUCGGUUAAGACAGUGGUAUAUGUACAUUUGAGCCUACUUGAGCUUCUACGGCUUAGUUCAGCGUUGUGGUUGAUACUGACCCCGACUCAUGUUGGUCGUGUGGUCGAAUGGUUGGAAAAUAUGUAGUGAAAAGGCCAUGUUGAUUUUGGUAAUAGGCUUGUAAGAGCGGGGUGCUUUGGGGCAGAAUGAAGGAGACGUUCAUGACGCUCAGUGGCGGAUCCAUCGUUCGUGCUUAGUGGUGAAUGGUUUUGACGUCUUCUUAUUCUUCGAAAACAAAUAGCUGUAGAUCGGGGGAUUAUAGUGUUUCCGUUCGAUCCUAAGGGAAUAUUUAAAUCAUAUAAACAACACAAUAUAAUUUCGACUCUUAAAAGAGCACGGAUGUGGGCCCGGAUCCACUUUUAUUA